ACCUUGGGAUAUUCCAAGUUAUACCUCGAUCUAAGUCUUAUAGAAAGUAGGGCCAUCUGCCCAGAAAAGGAUUGCACCUGGCUUAUUAGGGUGGCGCAGAUUAGCGACCAAUAGGUGUAUAAAAGCUAACCCCCGAUCUGGGCAGGACAUCAGUUUCAUCUCGACUCUUGCACCAUGAAGUACCGCAUGUUGAACAAACGCAAACAGGCCUCUCCUUCCCCCGUGAGGGAGUCGGAGCCCGAAGUAGAGGAGAAGCCCACUCAGCAACCCACCCACAGUGCCCUGGAGUUCGAGGCAGCUGCUGCCCUCCUGAUGCUUCGCUACCAGUACGAUCGUCAGAUCUGUCAUCGCAUCAUGUCCUACACAGAGACACGGUCCCCGACUCCACCGCCAGUGGUGGCCGACAAUACCACGCCCAAGGAUCAGGCUAUACGCCCCCCGGUGGCCACUCAACCGCUGAAGAAACGCUCCAUACCAUCGCAUCUGCUGAGACGAUCCCUGACACCGGCCAAGUCCCUGACCGCGGUGACCAAUACCUCGAUAGUGAAGGCCAAGACCAGGACUCCGGUGCCCGGGGCUGAGCGCAGCCACAAUAGGGCACUCCUCAAGUCCUGCCGGAAUAUGAUACGCGAGUUUUUGGACAACACCGAUUUCAUUUAACUUUCAUUUAAAAACUUUCCUAAAAUAUUAAUAAUUUUAAACCCAGUUUUUAGAAACACCGCUCGAUACCCCCACGCACGAUAUAAUCAAGAAUUGUAAAACAGAAUUUGUGAUCAAAAAUCGAAAAAUAUUAUAACCAA